AUGAUCGUGGCCUGCCGUGCCGGCCCCUUAUUUGACUAUAAGUUGCCAAGAGGAAAACGUUUAAGGGGUUUUACCAACUACACUGCACAAAAACACGAGGAACUUAAACAACCUGCAGCAUCAUCCCACGACAAAGAAAGACAAAGCAAUGGAGUUGUCUAUAAAGGACACGACUUGCUCCAACCUAAAAGCAAUGUUUGCAAGCCAUACAGAGAGUUUAAGGAUCGACCUCGAAUAGGUUUGAAGCGUUUAAGAUUUAGCCAUCGUCCGGAUUUGGGUAGAGGAUUAGAUUGGAACAUACGAGACCCUCAUGGGUAUGGUGGCUCAAGUCAUUUAAGAUGUUUAUGCGUUGGGUCAAGCUAG